AUGAGGAGACUGGCUUUUCGAGGUGCUGGUUGUACUCUGGUAAAUCUGAAGAAGUUGGAUUCUAUGGGUUCCAAGAGGCGAAGAGCUACCUCGCCUUCCAGCAGUGUCAGUGGAGGAGACUUUGAUGACGGCCACCACUCCAUGAACAUACCAGGCCCAAGCAGAAAGAGGAGGAGACUUUCCAAUCUCCCAACUGUCGAUCCUAUUGCAGUAUGCCAUGAACUUUACAACACCAUCAGAGAUUACAAAGAUGAACAGGGCAGGCUCCUUUGCGAGCUUUUCAUCAGAGCACCGAAGCGAAGAAAUCAGCCAGAUUAUUAUGAAGUGGUUUCUCAGCCAAUUGAUUUAAUGAAAAUCCAACAAAAGCUAAAGAUGGAGGAAUAUGAUGAUGUGAAUGUGCUGACUGCUGAUUUUCAGCUUCUCUUUAACAAUGCGAAAGCUUACUAUAAGCCUGAUUCUCCUGAAUAUAAAGCUGCCUGCAAAUUAUGGGAGUUGUAUUUGCGCACAAAAAAUGAAUUUGUUCAAAAAGGUGAUGCUGAGGAGGAAGACGAAGAUGAGGAAGGACAUGACAAUCAAGGCGCAAAUUCUGAAUUAUCAUCUCCAGGUUACCUGAAGGAAAUUCUUGAACAGCUUCUUGAAGCUGUAGCUGUUGCCACAAACCCAUCAGGACGCCUCAUAAGUGAACUGUUUCAGAAACUUCCUUCUAAAGUGCAAUAUCCAGAUUAUUAUGCAAUAAUAAAGGAGCCCAUAGAUCUUAAAACUAUUGCUCAAAGGAUACAGAAUGGAACUUACAAAAGCAUUCAUGCCAUGGCCAAGGAUAUAGAUCUUCUGGCAAAGAAUGCCAAGACCUACAACGAGCCUGGAUCACAAGUAUUCAAGGAUGCAAAUGCGAUUAAAAAAAUAUUUAAUAUGAAAAAGGCUGAAAUUGAACACAGUGAGUUGGCCAAGUCAAGUCUCCGAAUCAGGACUCCAUCAAAUUUGACUGCUUCCAAGCUGACAGGUCCUUCCUCACAGGGUAAAGGCAGUGUUGGUGAUGAGAGAAAUUCUUCUAACAAAUAUUAUCGUAACAAAAGAUCAGCCCAGGGGGAUCGUUUAUCAGCAAUAACCAUGGCGUUGCAAUAUGGAUCAGAAAGUGAUGAGGAUGCAGCUUUGGCUGCUGCUGCUCGUUAUGAAGAGGGAGAAUCCGAAGCCGAGAGCAUUACUUCCUUCAUGGACACUUCUAAUCCUUUAUAUCAGCUUUAUGACACAGUUAGAAGUUGCAGAAAUAAUCAGGGCCAGCUCAUAUCUGAACCCUUUUUCCACUUGCCUUCCAAGAAAAAGUAUCCUGAUUAUUAUCAGCAAAUUAAAGCACCUAUUUCAUUGCAGCAGAUCAGAACCAAACUGAAGAACCAUGAAUAUGAAACUUUAGAUCAGCUGGAGGCAGAUCUGAACUUGAUGUUUGAAAAUGCCAAGCGCUACAAUGUUCCCAAUUCUGCUAUCUAUAAAAGAGUACUGAAAAUGCAGCAGGUUAUGCAGGCAAAGAAGAAGGAGCUUGCUAGGAGAGAUGACAUUGAGGAUGGGGACAGUAUGAUUUCUUCUGCUACAUCUGAUACCGGAAGCUCAAAAAGAAAAAG